AUGCGCGCCUUGUCAAACCAUUUAGUAACUCCUGAGCCACUCCAACCACUAAUGUUGCUGCAAUGUUCGCUUGUUAUGCAGCAUAUGUUACCACCACCGGCACACAUGCCGUUCAACUUUUCUGAAGUCCACAGACUACCACCCACGACGCUUCGGAAAUGCGGGCGUAGUAUUUGGUUGCUACAGCAGAACUCGUUGACUACGGAAAGUUAUGUUGCUGCUAGACCACCCACAGCGCCGCAUCCUAUCACAAAUAGCAUCAGCAAGGUGAGGUAUGUUUUGCAGUGGCUGAAGAUGACACAAAAUAAGCGUUGUGUGCUAGAAAUGUGGCUUUCCAAUUCUAUCUGGGCUAUGCACCCCUCUUCGGUUAUCCUUUCCGAGCAAAUCCCGAGGGUAGCUGUCAAAACUUCUGAAUUAUUUUUACAGUAA